AUGAAGUUCGGACAGAACCUCCCCAGGAACCAAGUCCCCGAGUGGGCAUCCUCGUACAUCGACUACAAGGCCCUGAAGAAGUUGAUCAAGACCGAGCAGAAGACGGUUGAGGCGGGCGAGGACCCGGACCUAGCAGGUUUCUUCUAUACUCUUGACCGUCAGCUCGAGAACGUGGACACCUUCUACAACCGGAAAUAUGGCGACUUCUCGCGUCGUCUGCGACUACUGCAAGAUCGCUUUGGCGUGGCAAGGAGGAUGCCGCAGACUAUGGAUAAGCAAGAUAUGGAGGAGUUGAUGGAGGCGCUGUUGGAGAUUCGAGGGCAAUAUCGGAAGCUGCAGUGGUAUGGAGAGGUUAAUCGAAGGGGUUUCAUCAAGAUCACGAAAAAGUUGAACAAGAAGAUACCCUCAUCGACGGCACAGAGCAGAUACUUGACGACCAAGGUCGACCCCAAGUCCUUUGCGACCAACAACAAGCUGUUGUUCGACUUGCGUGGGAUCAACGAAUAUCUUUCGAGCUUGAAGGACGUCAAGACUACUGACGAUGCUAGCUCGAUUCAUUCUGGCAGUUCUGGAUCUCUUCGGCAUAUGGCCUCGAAGGCGACCUUACAGAUUCCUCCCACAGUGGUGGAGACAAUGGAGACUGCAGUCAAGAGUGACGACAGCGAGCAGCUCUUUGCCUCACUCAACAAUCUCCCAUUCAACGCGUCAGAAGAGGCUCGACACAGUCUCCAUCUCGACCUUCUGCAGCGGGCGAUCACACAACGAGCUUUUACCUGCAUCGAAGCCUUACUAGGACAGGUCAGCUCGAUCGAGCAAGACGAGGACAUGAACCAACGGAAUUGUUUGCAUCGCCUCGUCAUAUCGAUGGGACGUGCCAGAGCCCUCGAGAUGUCCAAUGGGAAGGAAGGCACUGCACGCAUUCCCAAUGGUGCUACAUACAUCAACGCUGCGGAGCCUCCGGUUAAGGGCCCAGGCUCGUUCAGAGUGGUGGAACGAGAUCCGGACGUCCAUGUUGGGAAAGACGAACAAGCAGAGCAACUGCUGCGAUACAUUCUGGAUCACCUGUCCCAGCCACAGCGACAGAGUAUUCUUAGCAAAGACACCUACGGUCGACUGCCACUCCACUAUGCUGCUCAGUAUGGUCUCGUGCAGGUCAGCCUUGACCUCAUCAGGUACAUGGAAAUGUGGGAACUGUUCGACACUUCUGAUGGUCUGGAUGCGCCAGCAUGGCAGGACGGCGAAGGCUACGCACCCUACCAUCUUGCUGUGAUCAACGGCCAUUACCGGACCGCGAAAGCACUUCUGCUGGUAGAUGACCGCCACCAGUUCACCUCCGCUCGAUUGACGAGCGACCACGUCGAGACGAGUGGUGCAGCACUGGCGUUGGCAACAAAGUCGAACUACCACCAAAUCGUCAAGCUACUGGUCGACGCUGGAGUGGAUAUCAACUAUCAAGACGAACAUGGCGAGACAGCGUUGCAUCUGGCUGCCCGCUUUGGCUACGAUGAGUGUGUUCAGAUAUUACUGGCUGGCUCUGAGACCCGACAGAUGAAUCUUGAGCUCGCCGAGAAGACGUACGGCUGGACUCCACUGUUCAUUGGCUGUGUCGACGGCCAUCUGAGCAUCGUCAAAUUGCUCGUUGACAGGGGAGCAGAUCUCAAGAAGCUCGACUUGUCCGGUUGGAGUGCCCAAGAACACGCCGCAUUGCGUGGACAUCUGCACAUCGCCAAAUAUCUUGCACAGUUCACUCCACCUCCCAGCAUACGGUCGAGUCCCGAGCUGUUUGCGCAAGAUUCGACGACCCGAUUGAAGGCUGCCUCACUUGUUGAUCGACGAUCUAACGCUGUCUCAAGAGAUGGCAGCACGACAGCUAUUCCGACGACAAAGUCUGCGGAGCCUGUCAAAGAGUUCGGUCAUAGAUAUUUGCAAGACGAAUCCAUGGUUCUUGUGAGUCUGGGUUCAAUCGAUGACCGCAAAUCCAAGAACACGCCUCCUGUGGUUCUGGAGGGAAUUGAAUUGACACAAGUCCACUCCACCCAGCUGGACACUGCCCUUUCACUAAAGGUCUCUGCUCAUGGAGCCAAAGGAGAGCAGAGCCUGUUCGACUUGCCAAUCCAGGAGAACAUCAGCACAUCGCCAGUGACAUUCCUGGCCAGAGAUCCAAUGGGUGUCAAGAUCUACUUCGACCUUGUGCCGACCUACGCUGGCGAUCCAGAUAAGCCGGAGAACAGGGUAGCCAGAGGAGUCGCUCUGCUUUCGAGCAUCAAGCCGAAUGUUGGUGUCAACAGGAUGACACUGCAAGGCGAGUCGACGGUUGCCCUGUUAUCGCUUCCAUCUCUCGAAGUCAUCGGCGAGGUCAACUUCAACUUCCUGGUCAUCAGACCCUUCAAGCAUCCAAACAUGAGCAUCAGCGAGGACCGUACGUACUGGAAGAAAUCCUCGACCAUGGUCAUCGGCCACCGUGGCUCUGGCAAAAACAUGAGCACCAAGACCUCACUUCAACUAGGGGAGAACACAAUGCAGUCCUUCAUCACCGCUGCGAAUUUGGGCGCUUCAUAUGUGGAGUUCGACGUGCAGAUGACGAAAGACCACGUCCCAGUCAUCUACCACGACUUCCUGGUCAGCGAAACAGGCGCAGACGUGCCAGUCCACACCCUCACUCUCGAACAGUUCCUCGCCCUGGGCGACACCACACCACGCCAAGUCCGCACACCCUCCCCCACCCGCAUGGAACAACGCGCGAAUGGUCGAAGCCGGAAACAGCGCUCCUACUCAAUGGGCGCGCCAGAAGGCCAGCUCCGCCCCGACCUCCGCGAGCGCAUGAAGCACACCCGCGACUUCAAAGAAAAAGGCUUCAAAGGCAACAGCCGGGGCGACUCGAUCCAAGCACCCUUCACCACACUCGAAGAAAUGCUCAAGAAAAUGCCCAAAGGCGUCGGUUUCAACAUCGAGAUGAAGUACCCCAUGCUCUUCGAAUCCGAGGAGCAAGGCAUGGACAACUACGCCGUCGAGCUCAACUCCUUCGUCGACACCGUGCUGGAGAUGGUCUACGACCUCGGCAACGAGAGGAACAUCCUCUUCUCCUCCUUCCACCCGGAUAUCUGCCUGCUGCUCUCGUUCAAACAACCCUCCAUCCCCGUCCUCUUCCUCACAGACGCCGGCACGAGCGAGGUGGGCGAUAUCCGCGCCAGCUCGCUGCAGGAAGCGAUCCGCUUCGCGAGUCGCUGGAACUUACUCGGGAUCGUGGCGGCGAGCGAGCCGUUUGUCAUGUGUCCGCGGCUGAUCCAGGUGGUGAAGAAUUCGAAUCUCGUGUGUUUCUCCUACGGGACGUUGAAUAACGAUGCGCAUAACAGCAAGUUGCAGGCGCAGGAGGGGAUCGAUGCGGUGAUUGUGGAUAGUGUGGCGAGAGUGAGGAAAGGGUUGACAGGACCGCAGCAGAUUCCUGGGACGCCGCUCCCGGGCACGCCAGCGACGGGGGCUCAGGUGAUGACGAAUGGGAUAACGGAGAGGUUGGAGCUGAGUGUUGGUGGGAAGUAG